CGUUUCCGGUCCGUGCCCUUGGGGCUCCGUGUCCUGUUAGUUUUUCCUCGGCGGCCGGGUUUGCAUUCUGGAAACAUGGCGGCGGCGAGGGGCUGCUGGCGGGGGCUUGUGGGGGCCGCAACACUGGCCCGGGGGGCCAGGCGACCCUCGGCGCUGCUGCUGCCAGUGAGGAGGGAGAGCGCCUCGGCCGACACGCGCCCCACUGUCAGACCACGGAACGAUGUGGCCCAUAAGCAGCUCUCAGCUUUUGGAGAAUAUGUGGCUGAAAUCCUGCCCAAGUAUGUCCAACAAGUUCAGGUGACUUGCUUCAAUGAGUUAGAGAUCUGUAUCCAUCCUGAUGGAAUCAUCCCAGUGCUGACUUUCCUCAGAGAUCACACCAAUGCACAGUUCAGAUCCUUGGCCGACUUAACAGCAGUGGACAUCCCAACCCGGCAAAACCGUUUUGAGAUUGUCUACAACCUGCUGUCCCUGCGUUUCAACUCUCGGAUCCGUGUGAAGACCUAUACAGAUGAGCUGACACCCAUUGAGUCUACUGUCCCUGUGUACAAGGCAGCCAACUGGUAUGAGAGGGAGAUCUGGGACAUGUUCGGAGUCUUCUUUGCUAAUCACCCUGACUUAAGAAGGAUCCUGACAGACUAUGGCUUUGAGGGACAUCCAUUCCGGAAGGACUUCCCCUUGUCUGGCUAUGUUGAGCUUCGCUAUGAUGAUGAGGUGAAGUGGGUGGUGGCUGAGCCGGUGGAGUUGGCCCAGGAGUUCCGCAAAUUUGACCUCAACAGCCCCUGGGAGGCUUUCCCUGCCUAUCGCCAGCCCCCUGAGAGUCCCAAGCUUGAGGCAGGGGACAAAAAACCUGAAGCCAAGUAGCUCCAUGGAAGGCAUGUGGGCGUACUCAGAAGCGCCUUACCUAUAAUUAAGUGUUCAUGUAAAUAAAGUCCUUCUUAGACUCAC